AACCCGGAAAUUGAUCCGUCGGUGGUAGAUAUCGACGAUAUCUCGAAAUUAGCCAGUCGUAUCGCGUCCAGUGAACUGACAUCAGAAGCGGUGACGAGGGCAUAUAUACACAAGUUUAGUAGAGACCAUUGAGCUAAAAUUUCAGAGACCCUGUUCAUUAUUGAAAAUGCUAAUCCUUUGGGGGGUAAACCAGGGCCAUUGAAGCUCAUAGCCAGGUAAAUGCAAAUCAACUCGCCGUAAGCUACCCAGUCUAACCUUGUGAUAGACAAAUUGCCUCACCGAGAUUCUCUUUGAAGAAGCUCUGACACGGGCUCGUGAGCUCGACGAUUACCAGACCAAGUAUGGAAGCGUUGUUGGGCCGUUACAUGGUAUCCCCAUCACCUUCAAAGAUCAGUUCAAUGUCAAAGGCUAUGACAGUACACUCGGAUACGUCGGCCGCACAUUCGCUCCUGCGACCGAAGAUGCCGUUCUAGUUGGCAUGCUCAGAAAUCUUGGCGCUAUCAUGCUAGCCAAGACAAAUCUUCCUCAGAGUAUAAUGUGGUGCGAAACUGAAAAUCCCCUCUGGGGUCUCACGUCAAAUCCUUCGUGUAAGGACUACACUCCGGGAGGCUCAACCGGUGGUGAAGCAGCGCUGUUAAACCUUCGUGGCAGCAUCAUUGGUUGGGGCACAGAUAUUGGUGGUAGUAUUAGGAUACCUGCUCACAUGAUGGGCCUAUGCGGAUUGAAGCCAAGCAGUUCGCGUCUUCCGUAUUACGGAGUGCCUGUGUCAACUGAAGGCCAAGAGCACGUCCCGUCAUCAGUAGGCCCACUGGCGAGGAAUUUACCGUCGCUAACCUUGGUGAUGAAAGAGCUGGUCCAGAUGAAGCCGUGGGAACACGAUGCCCGAUGCGCCCCAGUGCCCUGGAGGGAUGAGAUUUUUCAAGAAUUCAGAUCCAAGCCGCUGACCAUCGGUCUCCUUACCGAUGACGGAGUAAUGAGACCGCACCCGCCGAUCAUACGGGUGCUCCUAUCAUUGGUGGAGAAGCUUCAAGCAGCGGGCCAUGAAAUUGUUGAGUGGAACGCCGAUCUCCAUGCUGAAUGCAUUCAAGUCAUGGAUGAAUUCUAUACAGCAGAUGGUGGCGAGGAUAUUCGUCGGGAUAUCUUAGCAGGUGGGGAGCCUUUUAUUCCCCACGUAGAGGCAUUGGUCAACAGAGGCCAACCUAUCUCGGUUUACGAUUACUGGCAACUGAACAAGCGCAAAACUAUGCUUCAGCAAGCGUAUCUAAAGAAGUGGAAUGAGAUAGAAUCGCCGAAGACAGGGAGAAAGGUCGACGUCGUUCUGAUGCCUCCUAUGCCCCAUACCGCCGUUCCGCAUCAUUCUUGUCGAUGGGUAGGUUAUACCAAGAUUUGGAAUGUUUUGGACUACUCCGCUCUGGUCAUCCCCGCAGGCAAAGUUUCUUCUGUAGACGGCGACGCUCCGUGGAAGUUUGCACCAAGAAACAUGCUAGAUGAGUGGAAUGCAGGGGUGUGGGCACAAAGCAAGGCGAGGAUGAUUGAGCUCGGUCUGCCAGUUGGCGUGCAGAUAGCCGGGAGAAAGCUGGAGGAAGAGAAAGUCUUAGCGAUCGGGGCCGUCAUCGAUGAACUGCUCGGAGGUAUACGUAUGUAAGAUCCCGAGAGUAUUUUUUAUUUAUAUUUCAUGAUUUGGUAGGUAAUCUUUUCUUUCUAUUGCUCUUCGAUCAUUUUCCCCCUUUAUUUGAAAUACAUAAAAAGUUGACCUUUAUUUAAGUUCCCCAGAAUACGAAGUAGUUCCUGUCGCUUAGUUAGAGCCUCACUCCUUUGACUUCGUGAGUAUUUCUCCAGGGGGAGCAGGCAUCAUAGCACCCUCCGGCGGCUUGUUUUUACUUUUGAAGUAGUCACUCAUCUCGGCAAACGUCAUCC